GUCGCUGUUCCCGGAAGCGUGUGGAGCGGGCGGCUCCGUUCUCUCAUCGCCAUUCUUGCACGGUGGAACGGAGCAGCAGAGGCGCAAACACGUAGAGCAGCCAGGUUAUUACGAAAAUGGCAGAGCAGGAGCCCACCCCAGAGCAGCUGGCAGCCAUCGCUGCGGAGAACGAGAACACCGAGGUGGUGAACUACCGUCCCCCGGCCCAGAAGAGCCUGCAGGAGAUCCAGGAGCUGGACAAAGACGACGAGAGCCUGCGCAAGUACAAGGAGGCGCUGCUGGGCGCCACCGUCGCUGUCGCUCCAGACCCCAGCGUCCCGAACGUCCAGGUCACGCGGCUGACCCUGGUAUGUGAGAGCGCACCGGCCCCCCUGGUCCUCGACCUGCUGGGGGAUUUGGAGGCCUUUAAGAAGCAGGCGUUUGUACUGAAGGAGGGAGUAGAAUACAGGAUAAAGAUCAGCUUCAAGGUGAACAAGGAGAUUGUCUCAGGGCUGAAGUAUGUUCAGCAGACCUUCAGGAAAGGAGUAAAGAUCGACAAGUCGGACUACAUGGUGGGCAGCUACGGACCGCGGCCGACGGAGUACGAGUUCCUGACCCCGCUGGAGGAGGCCCCGAAGGGUAUGCUGGCCCGCGGGACGUACAACAUCAAGUCCAAGUUCACCGACGAUGACAAACACGACCACCUGUCCUGGGAGUGGAACCUCAAUAUCAAGAAGGACUGGAAAGACUGAACUGCCUUCAUAGCUCCUCCACACACCCACCCACCCCCCCCCCCCCCCCCCCCAAAUCAUUCCUCUGUGCCUCUCCCAUUUUCUCUACUCUAACCCCCGCCUCACCCCUUCCCUUCUUUCCUUUACCAUCGGACCAGAUGCAGGAGUGGCAUCAGCUCUCCGUCCGUCCAGUCAAUCCCACCGUUUUACUCUCCUUCAUGACAUCCCUCCCUCCCUCUCCCCGUUCCCAGCCCCAUCUCUUGCUCUCUAAAUUCCCAUCCCCUCCCUCCCUCUCUCCAUUCUAAUC